AUGGAAAUCGAUACCGGAGCUGCAAUAUCUAUUAUCUCUGAGGCCACCAGAAAGGCCAAGUUCUCUAAAUUCAAGCUGCGUAAGUCAAAUAUUUUGCUAAAGACAUAUACAGAUGAGGCUAUGAUGGUAACGGGUCAGAUUAAUGUGUGUGUUAAUUAUGGAGAACAGGUGGCUCGGCUGGUGCUGGUGGUGGUUGCUGGAAGUGGACCAAGUCUUUUUGGACGCAAUUGGCUGAAGUACCUCCAGUUUGACUGGAAAUGUAUUGCAACUGUCAAAUCUCCCCCUGCAGGUACACUAAAGAAUUUGUUACACGUAUACGAUUCAUUGUUCAAGGACGAGUUAGGUACUGUGACCUCACACAAAGCCACUCUCAGAGUACGGCCAGAUGCUACUCCUCGGUUUUUCAAACCACGUCCUGUUCCUUAUGCAACCAAAGAGGCUAUUGGAGAUGAAUUGGACCGCAUGGAGCAACAAGGUAUCAUCCAGAAAAUACCUAGCAGUGACUGGGCAGCACCGUUGGUCGCAGUUCCCAAGAAAGACGGAUGUUUUCGACUCUGCGGCGACUAUAAAGUGACUAUCAACCAAGACCUUGAAGUUGAUCAGUACCCCUUGCCUAAACCCGAAGACCUAUUCGCAACACUAGCAAAUGGCUCCCUUUUCACUAAGCUUGAUUUGUCACAAGCGUAUCUACAGGUCGAACUCGAUAAGGACUCUACCAAAUACGUGACUAUCAACACCCAUCAAGGGUUAUACCAGUUCAGCCGACUUCCUUUUGGCGUGGCGUCAGCCCCAGCAAUAUUCCAAAGACUGAUGGACACCAUCCUACGUGGAGUGCCUCACGUUAUCUGCUACUUAGACGAUCUGUUGAUAACAGGAGUGGAUGAAGAAGACCACCUACACAAUCUGGAGCAAGUCCUCAAACUUUUUACGGAACACGGGUUGCGAUUGAAGAAGGAGAAAUGUAUCUUUUUGGCCAAGUCGGUAGAAUAUCUUGGUCAUCAGAUCAGCAAAGAGGGAAUCCAAGCUCUUCCAAGUAAAGUUGAUACUAUUGCACAGGCUCCAGAACCAAAGAAUGUUCAAGAACUUCGCUCCUUCCUCGGGUUGCUGAAGAAUCUCUCUAGCAUCCUUUACCCAAUCAACCAACUUCUGCAAGCGAGUCAUAAGUGGGAAUGGACACAGGAAUGUCAGCAAAGAAACAACUUACAUCAUCUGAUGUGCUCACCCACUAUGACCCGGACCUACCAAUCAACAUGGCUGCGGACGCGUCAGCCUACGGCAUUGGAGCCGUUAUUUCUCAUGUACUACCAGACGGGGCUGAGAGACCAAUCUGUUUUGCUUCACGCACGCUAA